AUGACACUAGAUGGCAAAACCACGGGCAUGUUUGACAUCAUUACAAACGAAACGAACCUCCUCAAUGGGACGGAUUCACUCACAGAAUCUAACGAAACAGAUCCUACUACCUCGAUUUACUCCGGAGGACCAGGCACUGCCUACUGGGUCUGCAGCGUGAUAACAGUCGCGAUAGGCUUGGUGGGGAAUUCUUUGAUGUUUCCUUUACUGGCAAACGCCAAGUUUUCCCUUCUAUCCUACCCGGUGUACUUGAGGUUCAUGGCCGUGUCAGACAGUGCUGUUCUAAUUAUGUUUGGCAUAAACCUGUCGUUGAGAUUCUUCAACUCUUUCCAUAUCAUUGGGAAUCAUGUGGCUGCAUGCAGUGCGUGGAUGUUCACUAGAAACAUUGUGAUGCUUCUCUCCCCGUGGUUGGUCGUUGGUCUGACUCUGGAUCGGUUCUACUGUGUUGUUUUCCCAAUGAAACGCGAACGACUCUGUACUAAAAGGAAGGCCACGAUCGUCUGCUUGUCACUGAGUGUUAUAUCGGCAGCGCUGUCGUUCCCGUUUGUGAACGGCGUGUACGCUGUUGAAGGAUCAAACACGUGUUUUGUAAAAAAUCACCUCGUGACAUACUUCGCUACUUUACGUCUGCUUGUUAAUUCUAUUCUCCCUUGUCUCUUGAUUCUCGUCUUUAAUAUUGUGACUGGAAUCCACAUCCAGCGCAGCGCCAAUUUCAGAAAGAGAUUCACCUCCACCAGCUCUGGCUCCAAGGAAAACAAACAAGACAAGUCACUUCGUCCUCUAAUGCUAAUAUCCAUACUGGCCUUUGUAACAAUUCUCCCUUCUGCUAUAAUAGAAUGCGCUCUUGGCAUUCUAUUAGUAACUAAAUCAGAUUUUGAGUCCGUGUUGCUUCUCAUUAAAUUGUUGCCACCAUUUGGUGUUUUAUACCUGAUCAAUUUUGGGCAGAAUUUUUACAUCCUAAUGGCUUGUUCCGCUAAUUACAGGAAGAUCAUGAAAAGCAAGAUGAAAUGCAAGAAAGUAUCUACACAGAAUGGAAAUGUCACAGUGUCAAAAAUUCCAGUCCAAGUUUCUAACUUUGUCGGCUCGAAGACAGAUGAAACAGAGUCGAGCGCCAGACCAUCAUUACAAACCAGCUCCACAUCAGUUACCUCCCCUGCAGCAGAUUCUAAAUUUGGUUGA